UCCUCCUAUGACUGUUGCUCUUUUGAAUUUCCUUUUUAAUGCUUGAUAAUCUCCUAAUUGCUCAAGAUUAUUUUCUUCUUAUGCUCUCGACUUUCUCUUCCUAGUUUUGAGGAUAUCUUGCCUGAAGAAGGAGCCUGAGUUGCCUCGAACGCUUGCAUUUUGUAAAUCUUUCUAGUUAGCCAAUAAGAAGUGUCACUAGGUUUAAGGAAUAUAUUUUCAUAUGCUAAUAUAUUACUUUUAUACUCAUUUUGUGCUCCUUCACUUGUCCAGCCAUGUCGACCCUCGGCGUAGUGGUGACCUGCCUCAUCUCCACGCUCGUCUGUGAUUCUCAAGCGUUAGGCAUCUUUCAGCCGAAAUAUCCAGUGGAAGCUGUGGAGGGAAGCAACGCCAUUUUAUACUGCAGCAUGCAACCAAGAACUUCAUGGGACUUGGUGAGAUGGUACAAAGGUGAGGGUAGCCAACGCACACACAUCUUGUCGCGCCUGCCCAAAGCAGGUGACAGAAAUGACGCUCGAGUGAAAUGGUCAGAGAAGAAUCUUGGGAUUGAAUUCACCAUUAUAAUAGAAGGCGUCAAAAUCAAUGACACAGGAAAGUAUUACUGCAUUAAGUAUAAAGAUGGAAAGGGGGACACAAUCGAAAAAGAAGGACCAGGAGUCACCCUGACUGUAAAAGUUGAUUGA